GCGUGACUCAACUCGGAUAGAAAUGACGGUGGUUUUGCUUCUGGUUGCUCUUACGCUAGUGGCAGCGAGCGCUCGGUUGCCCAACUUCGUUGUUUUGUUUGCGGACGACAUGGGUUUCGGCGACCCUUCAGUCUACGGACAUCCUACAAUAAGGACACCGAAUAUAGACCAGCUGGCCAUGGAGGGAAUCCGCUUUACUCAAUGGUACUCUGCUUUCCAUGUUUGUUCUCCUUCUCGGGCAGCCAUGUUGACUGGUCGUUUACCUAUUCGAUCUGGAUGCGCCGGCAGUGGUCCGGACGGGGGCGUCUUUCCAAAUAAUGCCGUUGGCGGUUUACCAACGAAUGAAACAACAAUUCCUGAACUUCUUAAAUCAAAAGAAUACAAAUCAGCAGCAGUAGGAAAGUGGCAUCUUGGUCAAAGAAAGGAGCAUCUGCCAACAAACAAUGGAUUUGACGAGUACUUUGGAGUUCCCUACUCAGACGACAUGGGAGCUUCAGCUUGGACGAGCGAAAAAGGCAUUCCUCUCCCACUCGUUAAAGACGAAACGGUCAUGGAGCAACCGGCAAACUUGGGCACACUGACUCAACGCUACGCCGACUAUUGUCGCGACUUCAUCGAACGCAACAAGAACAACAAUUUUUUUCUGUACAUGGCUUUCAAUCACGUUCACACGCCCAACUUCGUGUCGAAGGAGUUCUGCAACACGAGCAUUCGAGGACGAUACGGCGACGCCGCCGCAGAAAUGGACGACGCGAUAGGACAAAUAAUGAAGUCGUUGAAAGACAACGAAGUAGACAACAAUACAAUUGUCUUCUUUACAAGCGACAAUGGACCGUGGCUUAUUCGAGAGUUGGAGGGGGGCAGUGCUGGCUUGCUUUACGAAGGCAAGACGACGACUUGGGAAGGUGGCGUUCGAGAGCCUGGCAUUGUCAGAUUUCCCCCACUCAUCAAAGCCGGUCGAAUCAGUCACGAAGUAGUCACCACCUACGACAUCUUUUCCACUGUCCUUACGUUGGCAGAUGUGAGAGAACCGACGGACAGAAUAAUUGACGGUCGUGAUAUGUCACCCAUAUUAUUUGAUGUCACCGGGAAAACAAGUCACAAGUGUCUCUUUAUCUACAAGGGAACUCCAAACGAAAAAUUGACUGGUUUAUGGGCUAUACGUUGUGGACCAUACAAAGCUCACUACGUCACUAACACUCAUCUUAACCACACAGCAGUCAUACACAAUCCAGCACUGUUGUACCAUCUCGAGUACGAUCCGGGAGAGAAUUUUCCAAUCGAUUCGAAAUCGUCAGAAUAUGAAGAGGCCAUGUUAGUCAUCGAAGCGGCAAAGAAGGAGCAUGAGGCGACGUUGAAGCCCGUACCGAAUCAGAUGGCAAUGGGAGGAAACGAUGAAUACAAGUUAUGUUGCGACAAAGACAGUCAGAAGAAGUAUUCUCAGUAUCCUCCUUGCACUUGCAAUCCAGAAAACUUUCAUGCCUGGAAGUGUGGCAACCCUGUCUAGUUAGUAAAGUUUUUAUCACGUGACUACUGUGUGUGCACAUGUGUUUGUUUGUGAGAUUUUGGUGUGUGCAUGGUUCUACAGGUUGUCUAUGCAUGUUUAGUUUUGAGUUGAUGUGUUGCAAGAUUUGUGGAAAUAUACUCAGCAUUUUGUUGGA